CCUUUCUCCGACAAUGCUCGGCGACGGCCCAUUUUCCUUUCAUUCUUCUCGUCAUUAUUUCUGCUCUCGGAUCGGCACCGCGAACCGAAUGAUCCAUACGAAAGCUGCGCACUGACCUGGCCCGCGCGAGUCCCAUAUCAGGAGUCCAGAGCCGGACGCUCGGGUUGACAUAAGUCGGCAUUCCCAGCACUUUGGUUUGCCUUCACGUUGCCGCGAUCACAUUCGUCCAACCCCGUGCUCCCAGCUUCGUGGGAAGACUUGUUCUGUUCGCUGUCGCUGCCCGCGUUCUCGGGAGGCCUUGCCCUCCCCGCCGUCCUCUGUGCCGCUCGGGUCGGCCGUCGUCGUCAGGAUUGGACUCGCUCCCACCUGGGCCGUCACAAUGGCUGCUCAGCACCCAACGCCAUACGAAACCUCAAGUCUGUGGUCCGAAGAGAGCUCCCCUGUUGUCGCGCAGUCUCCGAUCGAACCAGAUUCCGGGGACGACGAUCAGAGUGUGCUCUCCAGCACCAGGUCACUUAGGGAAAGUGUUUUUGAAUUCAUAACAGAGAACGGGAGGACGUAUAACCGCUAUGGAAACUAUUUCCUACCGUCGGACGAGCCCGAGAACGAGCGCUUGAAUCUCCAAUACGUGGUCCUCCAGCAACUAUUCGAGAAUAAGGAGCAUUUUGCACCUCUGCAAACCCCGAGAAGAAUUCUGGACAUUGGCACAGGCACAGGCAUAUGGUGCACUGAGAUGGGUAAAAAAUACCCUCGCUGCGAGAUUAUAGGCACUGAUAUCGCGGCCGUUCAAACUGUUCCGCCCCAGCCUAAUGUAAAGUAUAUCAUCGAAGAUGCAAAUGACGAGAACUGGGGUACCAAGCGCUAUGAUUACAUACAUACCCGAAUGAUGCUGGGUGCCUUCAAAGACUUCAGAGUCAUAAUAAAGCGUGCGUUUGACUAUCUCGAACCAGGCGGCUACAUGGAAUCGCAAGAGAUGUGGCCAAGAGCUAUGUGUGAUGAUGGUACACUGGACCCGGAAACCCACAAGUUCUCUGAGUGGAUUAAAUAUCAAGAUGAAGCGGCGAUGAGGCUGGGUAUGCCCUUAAGAAUUGCAAACAAGCUCAAGAAGUGGUACGCGGAAGCUGGCUUUGUCGAUAUUCGAGAAGAAAUUCUUCGCAUACCGAUAAAUGGAUGGCCAAAAGAUCCUAGGUACAAGAUGUUAGGCAAAUGGUGGGGUCGCUCAUUAUUAGAUGGACUACAAGGCUUUACACUCGCAUUAUUCACGAGGGCUUUCAACUGGUCACCCGAGGAAGUAGAAGUCUACCUGGUUGAUGUCAGGAGGUCCAUUAUGGAUAGGAGCGUGCAUGCUUACCAUUCCAUAUAUAUUGUUUAUGGUCGCAAGCCAACCUUAGCAGAACAAAAGAUCAUUGAAGAGCGGAAAGCACGCGAAGCAAUGGAAGCUGAGGCGAGAUCAAACGCGGAGCAGGCGUUGUACCCUGGAUUUCCAGAAGAGCAAAAAUCCAGGACAUCGCAAGAUAGAGCAGCAGCAGAGUGGACGCAGCAUGCCAGAGCAUCACAAGAUCAGCAAACAUCUAAUAAUCGAUUCCUUUCUGGUACGACAGGCGAAAAUUCAAAUAGGAGGCCCAGGCAAGCAUUUUCGUCUUCUCCACAUUCUAAUGUAUGAGUGCCUCAAUCAUUGGUAUUUUUUUACGAGCGUAGUUAUGAUUUUGAUGACUUUGCAUUUGGGCUGGCUUGCGUGUGAAGAAAAAGUCAUUGUUACGGAGGGUAAACUUUCAUUAACAUCAAAGCAUUGUCUUGGCUCGGUCAUUACUCCCUCGGAUUUGACAGAUUGGGUACUGGUUUGGUUUCCAUUGGCUUCGCUCUCUCCACUAUCCAAGUUUCUGGCAUAGACGAGAGUAGUGCUGUGUAUCAGAGUGCUCGCAUCUUAAUGAUUUGGUCGAUGUAGUGGCAUACUUCGAAAACAAGAGAAACCCAUACAUAUGAGGAGGGUUCGGCUCUGAAGCAUCUGUCAUUUCAAGGUGUGUAUAUGUUUCUGCCUAUCAACAAGAUCGAUGCCGAUUUUCAUGCAUCGUGUGUAUAGGCUCUAGACUUCUUGAUACUCUAGAUAGAAGUUACAAAGAUAGAGCCGAACUCAAGAUCAGUUCCUGAGCUUCUUUAUUGCUCCAGCUUUUGAACGUAGAAAGUCUUUCUAUAAAGCUUUAUGUUACAUCUGUGAGCAGUAGAGAGUUUCAAAUCUAUUAGGAAAAUUUGUAAUCAGAUUCUUCGUUUGCC